GUAUCUGAACCUCCCGUCUCAGUUCAUUCACUUUCCCAGUCGAUUCAGGCUGGUCGAGAAUCCUUUGCUUCUCCUGAAGAUGAGAGGGAGUUUCGUGGCCAUUCUUCAUACGUUUGUUUCAAUCGUAGAUGCGCUUGCCAGCAAUCAAAGUGGCCUGCAUGUUAUGCACCAGUUCUGCGGCUGCAGCCAGCGGGGUGAGCAGACGGUCGUGUCUUGGGUGGACGGCUACGAUGGGGAGACAGUCCUUUACUACCAGCUGGGCAACAAGUCGUUCGUUGCCACCCAGCCCCACGCCCAGUCGCUGGUGAACGGGCGCAACGCCAUCCCCCAGUUCGUGGAGGCCGUCCCCCAACUGGUGUCCAAUCUCUGUGACAAAAUCAAACGCCUCGCUGCCCUCACCAACGUCACCCAGGAGAGGAGAGCUCCAACCUACACCAGGGCUUACACCCGGAGGAGGCUGGCACAAGACUACCUGGUGUGCCGGGCGAGUGGGUUCUUCCCCCGAGACGUCAACGUGAGCUGGGUCAGAGACGGAGAGGUGGUGGAGAAGGGGCAGGAGACGGUACACAUGGUCCCUCAAAGGGACGGGACUUUCCAAGUCGGGAGCGUGCUCCCGCUAAACGGCCAUCGCGGGACGUACGUCUGUCAAGUGGAACACGAGGCCCUCAAGGGGAAGCUCUUCAUACCUCUAGAACACAACCUGGCAGUGUCGAAUGAAGCUUUGAUCAUCAUCGGAAGUGUGAUGGGAAUACUGGGAAUCUCCGCAUCGGUGGUGGCCAUGGUGAUUCAUUGCUGGCUCUUACAUGGUGGAACGAAGUCAGGUGUUACUCCAACAGUAGGCUUUAAUAAGGAGACUGGGUUAUGCCGAACCUACACAUGCGGUGGGAGUGUGCACUCCAACACGUCCAACAGCUCAGAUUCCAGCGGAGAUUCAGCUGAUGGAUUGACGAAAUCUUCGGCGUAAGGUACAUUCGGUCAGUUUUAUUCUUGCUAUUGAGGGAGCCCAGCGUAGGUUCACCAGGUUAAUUCCCGG